UGGAACUUAGUUUGUUGUGGUCUGGGAGAGUUGGAGGAAGGUGGUACUGCAGCUAGCGUCUCUUAUAAUCACUCGGAGCAUAUUGUUACUGUUGUAUACACCAACACCAGUGCACUCACUGAUACACGCUACAUACCAUCAUCCCUCACGGGUCAUAAAACAAAUAUGGUCACCAAAGGAAAGUUAACUAAGGAAGAGGAACUUUUGCUCCAGGAUUUCAGUAGAAAUGUAUCUAAGAAGAGCUCCAUUAUUUUUUACUUCAAUGCCUUAAUUGUGUCUGCAAUUCCUAUUUGGCUGUUCUGGCGUAUACAUAUGAUGGAUCCCUUAUCAUCUGCGGCCAUCUUUUGUCUUGUGACAGGCAUUGCAACUUACCUUGUUGCUUUUGCUUACAUGAACACCAAGUUUGUUUUGAAGCACAAGGUGGCACAAAAGGUUGAAGAUGCUGUAACACGUGAAGUAAUGCAUAAACUAUCAGAUGACAAGAAGAUGGGGAAAAAAGAAAAGGACGAGAGGGUGUUGUGGAAGAAGAAUGAAGUAGCAGAAGCUCAGGCCACAACAUUCUCCUUGUUUUACAACAAUGCUCUCUUCCUGAUGUUGGUUGUAGUUGGAUCCUUCCUUGUGUUCCGGUCCAUGGCUCCAGCAUACAAUUACGUUUUCAGCACUCUGGGAGCAGCUGGUGUCAUUGCACUUUUCUCAACCAGCACUCAAUAAAAUUCAAUAUUUGUUCUAGCAUCUUUUUGUAGUUAAAAAUUUCCAACUUUUUUUUGUUUAUCUAUGUUUGCUCAUUUCCUGACUAAAUGUCAAUUUAAAUAAUUGAGACAAAUCAAUGAAGCAUUGUAGUUCAUUUCUAUAAGUACACAUGUAAAAUAGUUGUUUUAGUUCAGUAAAGUAAUAAAAUUUAAAAAUGUCUGUGUUUAUACAAUAUGAAGAUUGUAAAAUGACAAAAAAUUUAGAAGUACUUGCCUAUUAAUGACCAUGUCAACAUGUUUAUUCAGCAUUUAAUUGUUGAAUAUAUAAAAUUACAGAAGAAUGUUGUUAUUCUAGGUUUUUGUGAUAGCCAAGGUUAUGAUGUAUGUCUUUAGAUUUAUUUUUUGUUAUUUGAUUUAAAUAUUUAAUUUAUAUAGCUUAUAGACAGGAAAUGGUGUUUAAGAUGUUGGAUAACAUUCCCUUUGUCAUCAUUUACUUGUGCAAAGCACCAUUUCUGUUAUGCAAGUUCAGUGUUAAAGGUGCUCUCUUUUAUAGCAAAGUAAAAAAUUAUCUGAACA